AUGAGGGGACUUCACAACAUGCCGCUCUGCGCGGCCAUCCUCCUCAGUCACAGCCUGUUUGGCGUGGCGGCAGCGGACCUGGCUAUUGACUCACGCGACGACAUGGUCGAAACAGCUGGCAUUCUCGCCGAGGACGUCAUGUCUUACUACGACGGCGACAAAGCCGGCCACAUACCGGGCGUUCUGGGCCAGCGAGAAAUCCACUUUUACCAGAGCGGAAUAUUCAUGGGCACCUUUGUCAACUACUUCCACCUCACGGGCGACGAAACCUACAACGACCUUGUCCAGCAAGGUGUGCUGUUCCAAGUCGGCCCCGACGAGAACUUCAGUCCUUACAACCAGACAACCAGACUCGGAAAUGAUGACCAGUGCUAUUGGGCCCUCACAGCCAUGGCGGCUGCCGAGUAUGAAUUUCCUGACCCGCCCAAGGGCGAGCCGCAAUGGCUAGACCUCGCCAAGACCGUCUACAGCGACCAGGUCGAUCGACUCGACAACAAGUGCGGUGGCGGCCUGCGUUGGCAGAUAAUCAACCUUAACGUCGGGUACAACUACAAGAACGUAAUUUCGAGCGGGUGCUUGGCCAACCUCGCCGCGCGUCUGGCCCUCCACACGGGCGACGACAAGUACGUCGAUACCGUUGAGGAGCUCUGGGACUGGCUCUCAGAAUCGGACCUCAUAGAUGCAGACUCUGGGGCCGUCUACGAUGGGAUCGUAAUCUCAAAUGAUGACUGCGACGCGGACGCUUUGCAGGUAUCGCACAAUGCUGCCAUCUUGACCUAUACGGCGGCCGUCAUGUACAACCAUACCGACGGCUCAGAUACCUGGCGUCAACGGCUCGAGAAGCUCUCCGGGUCGUUGCUCGAUACGUUCUUCGACGAUGGCGUGGCCAUUGAGGCGCAGUGUGAACCUUACCUGCUCUGUACACUCGACAUGCCCACCUCAAAGGGCCUCAUGCUGCGCUGGUUGGCAUCCACGGCCCGUCUUGCUCCGUUCCUCGCGGACAAGAUCCAAUCGAAACUGAAGACCACGGCCCAGGCUGCUAUUGACCAUUGCGAGGGCGACAAGUCGGAGCGCGAGUGUAGUGUCUAUUGGUCCAACGACAGCUUUAUCAAGCCUGAAGAAAGUGGACUUCUCGAGAAGUUGGCCGUCCUGUCGUCUGUGCAGGGUCUCCUCGCUCUUUCAGACGAUGUCACGGCCAAGAAUUCGGCUGACAAGGACGAGACUUCGGACAACAGCUCGGAUGAGGAUGAGUCCACACCCCCAAAGCCAGGGUCGCCCGAGGAACCGGAUGAACCGGAUGCGGCACACAAGCAGGUAUCAGUGGCUCAUCUCUUGCUGCUUGGGUGCGCUGCGUUGGCUUUGGUCUAA